UUGAUGGUGACUGUACAUGGCAAGCAGCUGAAUGCUUUGGGAACACUGUAAUUUAGAGAUCUCAUAGCUACCCUACCACAGCUUGGCAUCACACGGAGAGUUGAUCUGUCCUGUGCAUCUAUUCACCUUGGAAACUAUACUUGGAUCAGUACUGCUGCUCUAAUUUUCAUUUCUAAAAAAGUAUUUGUUUCGGUUUUUUUUAAAUCGUUUUUGCUUUCUUCGCUGUGACCGGGUUUUUCUCAAGACCCCCUGCCCAAUGCCCAGUGCACACUCCUAUUGGUCUAAACUCUGGGAUACACUAUCUAUGCCUUGGCAGUUCAUGACUCUUUCACCUGUAUCAGCGAAACUCCUCAGUGGCAAGCAGAGGCAGACAGUCCAGUAUUAAACGUCCUCAAUUACACAUCACGGAACAACUCAACAUCGACCGACUGAGAAACAUGGAAAAUAGCCCCGGUGGUGGUGUUAUCUUGUACGCUGGUUCGUCUGGCAGUGCCAGCCCAAGUCCUGGCAGCCCUUCAAGUGGAUACCAGACCCAGUCACCUUCCUCCCACUCACAGCCUUCAUCCCCAGAGGGUGUCUCCUUUCAGGAGAUUGGGGCCCUGAAGCAUGGAGGGGAACAAAGAGGAGGAACUCCUUCCCCGAAAAUGGUCUUCCAGUUUCCUGAAGUAAAUAACACUCCAGUUGCCCAAAUAACAACAGCAUCAUCAGCAACCUACAACCAUCCCACAGUGGCCAAAAGACCUUGUGGUUUUACUGGCACCUUCACAAAGACUGGAGGUAUGGUGCUUCUGUGUAAGGUGUGUGGUGACAUCGCAUCUGGGUUCCAUUACGGUGUGCACGCCUGUGAGGGUUGCAAGGGUUUCUUCAGACGCAGCAUUCAGCAGAACAUCCACUACAAGAUGUGUGUCAAGAAUGAAAAUUGUCUCAUCAUGCGCAUGAACCGAAACCGGUGCCAACACUGCCGCUUUAAGAAAUGUCUCUCUGUUGGCAUGUCAAGAGAUGCUGUGCGCUUUGGGCGUAUUCCCAAGCGGGAGAAGCAGAGACUACUGGAUGAGAUGCAGAGCUACAUGAACAGUCUCAAUGAAUCAGCCUCCAUGGAAAUGGAGGUGUCACCUCCUCAAGACGCCCCCUGCAGUCCGCAGAACCACCAGUCAAAUGAAGGAGCCAGCUCCAUAUCACAGUCUUACCGUAGCAACUUGAUAAGCACUGAGGAGAAACCGCUCAAGAUGGCUGCCAGCAACCUUGGCACCCAAUCUUUCCAGAACAAUUCAGUGCAUGAACCUGCCCUGUCGCACACAGCAACCCAGACACAGCACAUGCUUCACGGGGAGCAGGCAAACCUGACAUCAAGCUACCAUCGUGCCUCAAACUGCCCUGUUGCACACACCAACAACGAAAUCUCCAACAACACCAACGUUGACAAUUCCAAGUACAACUUCUCCUCCAACCAGAAUCAAUGCCCCGUCACUGGCCACCUAUCAUCUCAGUCCUACACAGCCAAUCAUAACAGUUUCCAGGCCAGCGAUUCCCAGAACCAAAAUUCCUGCCCUUGGAAGCUGAAUGGAGGAGCCAAAGUGCUGGCAUGUCCACUCAAUUCAUGUCCUGUGGCUCCAGCCAGUCGCUCCAGUCAGGAGGUGUGGGAGUCUUUCUCCCAGUGCUUCACUCCUGCUGUUAAAGAAGUGGUUGAGUUUGCAAAGAGCAUCCCAGGCUUCCAGAAUCUUAGCCAACAUGAUCAAGUCAUGCUGCUCAAAUCUGGCACUUUCCAGGUUCUGAUGGUGAGGUUCUGCUCAUUGUUUGAUCCAAAGGAGAGGACUGUGACCUUCCUCAAUGGGCAGACAUACUCCCUGGCAUCACUGAGGGCUCUGGGCAUGGGCUCUUUACUGGACGCCAUGUUUGAUUUCAGUGAGAAACUGGGAUCCUUGGGUCUAGAACCAGAUGAGAUGGCCCUUUUUAUGGCUGUCGUGCUGGUUUCUGCUGACCGCUCUGGUAUAGUGGAGGUGGGAGCAGUGGAGCAACUGCAGGAAAAUCUAAUAAAAGCUCUGCGCUCUCUCAUCACCAAUCGCCGCCCAGAUGACAGCACCCUCUUCCCAAAGUUGCUGCUCCGUCUCCCAGACCUGCGCACCCUGAACAACCAACACUCUGACAAGCUUUUAGCGUUCCGCAUAGACCCUUGAGUUCAGAAAGCCCACAUCUUACUGAGGUAUCCGCUUGGGGAACCUCCUUGCUCCCCAUGCAAGCCAGGCCUGCCACAGGCGCCGGCCUCUGCAUGUUGGACAGUUGUUGUAGGAGCUGUGCCAAGCUUGAUGCUGUGAGAGAGAGGACUGUAGUGAAGGAUGUAGGCACAGCAGGAAGUGGAGGCCCCCAAACUCAGACUGAUCCCUCCAGUUGCUUCCAGGAUGGCUAAAAAAACUAUUAAAAACAGAAACUGUGCUCUUCCUUGGGUUGUUCGAGACAACAUCAAACCACCAAGUCAUCACCUCACUCUCCUGGAGUUUGUCAGAGACAGUUUGUUCUGAAGACCAAAAAAGAAGAAGGGGUCUGUCGUUCCUCACUUGACUUUGUCCUCCUAUACCAGCUCACAAAGCAAACAAGAGAGAAGCACAUACUCUUGCCCAGAGAAACAGGAGCAUUCACCUGUCUUGAUUUCUUACUGUACAUUCAUGCCACAAGUGUAAAAGGCACUUUCCAUACAUUAAGAAACCUCUUACAUCUUAAAUCAAUAUAUAACAUAGCAAUAGAAAUGUCUAACACACAGAUAGGAGGACGGUUUGUGGAUGCCCUGUUGAAAUGUCAUAAGCUAUUUUCACAACAUGCCACCCAUGUGGGAAAUCUUUAUGAAAAUCACCCAUUUGUGAUUGAGAAAUGUAUAACAUUUUUAAGAAAUGAGAGUAAAUUGCAUUGUAUUGGUAUGCGGUAAUCAGGGAGAAAUUAUUGGUCAUUUUAGACCGUGUCUGAUGGGUUAUAUGUUAAGGUGUUCUCUGUAAAUUUUGUAUAUAUCCUUUAUUCUUGGUUGGUACCCUCCUUAGUUUGCAGAGUCUCAGAUAUGUAUAUGAAGUUAGUAAUGAAGUAUUGUAUAAUGUCAGCAUCAUUGACAACACAUAAUAAAUUGCUCUACAGACUGCAAAGAGAAAGCAGCAUUUGAACCAUGCACUUGGAGUAUAAACUUUUUAUUUGAAAGUAUAUGAUCGAAAUAAAUGUAUUGUCAACUGACUGCAUCACCUUGUGAAUAUUUUGUAAA